GAGAGCAUUUCUUGGGUCUGGUACCGUAUAAUUGUCGGCCAUUUUGAUCCUUGCUGUCGUGUCAGGGCUUAGUUUUCUUUCCCAAUCGCCAAAACCGAACUCCAAUCGCUUCGAGAUGGGAGAAACGGCACUCAAGUUUGGUCCCGAGUGGCUCCGCGCACUGACUCAGACCAACGGGGUCACAGCACCAGCCCCGACGGCCGGGCUAACAAAGUACAAGCUCUCAAACUACCGAUACGGGAGGGAAGAGAUGCUCGCGAUGUUUGAUCAAAGCGCGCCCAUGCCGGAGACGUUGCGCGAGUUCCAGCAGCUGGCCGUUGAGAACACGCAGCCGCCGCUGGCGCUUGUCACGAUGACUGAAGAGGAGCAGCGGAUUUGGGCACGCUCGGUGAACAGUGACGCGGUGCUUCGGCUCACUGUGGGCAAGGGCGCCGUGCCCGGUGCGGGACCUGGUCGGGGAGGACCUCGGGGCGGAUCGGUGGACCGGGGUCGCGGUCGAGGCCGUGGCGGCGUCUACCAGAGGGGCCUCGGCGGCAGCAGCGAGGAGUCCGGCGACACGAGUCAGUUCGGAGCCUUCAUCCGUGCGAGGCCCUUCGAGCGCAGCCACAGCCUCACGGAGCGCGACCAGCGCUGGGACGACAAGAAGCCCGAUCGGCAAUUCCCGGCCAGGCCAGGCUUCGACGGCGACACGUUCCGCAAAGAAGGCGCCGCCGCCGCCAGCGGGGCUCCUGGCGGCGGGGCCGGCGCAACGAGCGCAACGACCAGCAGGCCUGCCGAGAACUGGCGCUCGGGACACUCGGAGGAAGACGAGAACUGGCGCAGCAAGGUCUCGUCCGCGCAGCCCCCGACCGAGAAGUGGAAGUCGUGGAGAAAUCACGCCAAGGGCGACGAGGACGACGGCACGACCGCGGCGACCAACGGCCCGGCCAAGAAGGACAGGCAUUGGAUAGAGGACCACGGCAGCGUACCCCCCGAGCAGCUGCCCGAGUGGAUCCAAGACCAGGGAGACACGGAGAAGGUGGGCUCUUUCGACGCCAAGGGCGCCUUCCUAGACACAAGGGAGUUCGAGGAAGAGAGCUGGGAGGGAGACCUGCUGCCUCCUGCACAAGCGGAGGCUCGCCCGCCCGCUAAGCGAGAAGACAAGCCGACCAGGGAGGCUGCGCUCGCGAAGCGGGUGAGUGAGCCGCCUGCCGAGAAGCCGAAGUCACCCCCACCCCAGCGCACGCACCAGGUGCCCCCUAGGAAAGCGGACAAGUCGCCCGUGCGGAGUCCACCCAAGCCGAUUCCCCCCGCACAGCCCCAGUGUCCGCUUGAAGGCCCGCAGCCUAAAAGCAGACCGGAGGAAGCUAGCAAGACAGUGUCGACGUCGCCAAAAGACGACAGCUUUGCACACCUCGCCAAAGCUGCGGAAAACAUGAUGGCCGAAUGGACAGCCGAGGAGGAGAAGAAGUUUGUGUCACAGUCUGUAGCCGGGGAACAAAACCUGCCGGAGCACCUCUACCGAUGGCUUUACAAGGACCCACAAGGCGACAUCCAAGGUCCGUUCUCGUCCCCUGAGAUGAUGGAGUGGUUCCAGGCAGGCUACUUCACUAUGGACUUGAUGGUGAAGCGGGUCUGUGAUAUGGGUUUCUCCAAACUGGGGGCUCUCAUCAAGAGCUGGGGUGUUGUGCCUUUUGCCGCCUCCCAGCAGCCUGCACCGAUGAAGAGCCCGUUGGGUGCAGAGCUUGGCGGCCAUCCCCCUCCCAACCUAGCGAUGCCGCCCCUUCCGCACCCAGGCCUUGCCAGCCUCCCUCCAAAUCAAGUGACCUAUGCGUUCCAGCAGCACUACAUGCAAGAGGUGUACAGGGCAGCCGCCAUGCAGCAGAUCCAGAACCACCUCAAGACCAACGACGCCUUUGCCAACCUGUCCCCCAUCGACCAGAACCGCAUCUGUCUACAGUACUACAUGGCCAGCCAUCCCAUGUCUCGGCCAGCUGGUUUUGGUGACCACGCACCCGUCGUGAACCUGCUGAGCUCAAUGGGGCUGCCUCCGGUCUACGGCAUCCCGCACUCCCUCGCCAAGGACUCGUCUCUGCCCGAGGGUCCCAGCUGGCCUCCACAACCAGUGUCGACUGCGGCCCCGACGUCUACGGCAGAGUCUAGGGGCAGCAGCGUGUGGGAUGCCGAUCCCAGUAUCGUGGCAGCCCCUUUGCCAACCGCUGCACCUAGCCGGAACUUGAUGGAGACCCUGUGGCUGGAAAAGCUGGCAUCGCAGUCACUCAUGGCUGAGCAGAUGCGUAUGAAGGAGGAAGAAGGACGGCGGCUGCAGGAGCUCCAGAAGCAGGCACGGCUGGAGGAGGAGCGGCGACUGCUGGAGGAGCGGAGGAAGGAAGAGGCAGAGAAGAAGAGGCAGCAGGAGGAGGAAGAGGAACGGCGGAGGAGGGAGGAGGAGGAACGGCAAAGGCGGGAGGAAGAGGAGAGAAGGAGGAUGGAGGAAGAGGAGGAGAGGAGGCGGAGGCAAAAGGAGGAGGAGCUGCUGCGGCAGCAGCGGAUAGAGGAGGAGAAGAGGAAGGUGGAAGAAGAGCGCAGGAGGAUGGAGGAGGAGAGGAAGGCAGAAGAGGAGCAAAAGCGAAAAGCAGAAGAGGCUAAGAAGGCAGCUGAAGAGAAGAAACGACAGGAGAAGGCUGCGAAGGAGGCUGCAGCCGCAGCUGCUGCAGCAGCAAAAGCCGCCUCGGCCAUGGCUGCUGCUCCACCAACGGGAGCUUUCACCGCAAUGGCGUCUUCGCCAGCUGCGAAGAAGAGCCCCAGCAAGGUGUCUCUAAUGGAUGCGGACGAGUUCAUGGCCCUGAAACAGCCACCCAAGCAGCAGCCAGCCACGGUUGAGCCAGUGAGGCCGGACAAGCCACAAGGGCCCGUGUGGGGAAGCAAGACCAGCCAGCCUGUCCAGACGUCGGCCCUUUCUCUCGCUGAGAUCCAGCGGAUGCAGGAAGAGAAGGAGCGUAGUCUGGCCGAGGAGCGUGCCCAGCAGCUGCGCAAGCAGCAGCAGCAGGCCAUGCAGCAGGCACUGUUCCUCCAGCAACAGCAGCAACAGCCGCAGAAGUCCACCCUAACGUGGGCUUCGAGGGCACAGGCCCCCCCCGCGGGCACGGCGGUCAAGUCCCUGUCAGAAAUCCAGCAGGAGGAAGCCGAGCGGGUGGACAAGAUGCGCAAGGCUCAGCAGCAGCAGCGCCAGCAGCAACAGCAGAUGCGGCAACAGGAGAGCAGCGUGCUCCAGCUGUCGGGUGCCUGGGGCACCACGUCCAACAGCCUGCUCAAGUCCUUCAACAACAGCUUCCAGUACCUGGAGAUGGUUCAGGACGAAGACAACACCAGGGGCUUCUGGGACGAGGCAGUCACGACGACACCAGCCCCCAAGCCGGCCCCCAAGUCGACAAGCAAGCCGGCGGCGGGCGACGGCAGCUUCCCAUCACUGGCGGGCAACCCCGUGGCCGGUGCUUCGAGCGGCCGCUCUUCCAAGAGCCAGCAGAGCAAGAAGGCGGAGGAGCAGGUGAUGAAGCUGUUCGAAGUGCAUGCCAAGGCGGCGCCCACGGACGAGCUAACAGCAUGGUGCGUGCAAGUGCUGGGUGGCAUCCAGUCCUACCUGGACAUCCCGACGGUGGUGGCCAUUCUCAAGGAUGUCGAGUCCCCGGCCGAGGUGCAGGAGUAUGUGCACAACUUCUUUGGCAACAGCCUGGACACUAAGGACUUUGUGCAGCAGUUCCUGCAGAGGCGGGAGCGCUACCUCAAGAGCUGUGGCUCUGUGCCACGGCCAGAGGACACCUUCACGCUGGCGGCCAGCAGCAUCGCGAGCAUGGCAGCCCGCGAGGCUUCAGCCACGACGCAGGGCGACGGAUUUACUGCUGCACGCUCCAAGAAGAAGAAGAAGAGCAAGAUGCAGAAAGUGGACAGCUCCUUGCUGGGCUUCACAGUGCAGGCGGAUCCUGCUCGGCUCAAUGCCGGAGAGAUUGACAGGGUGGAGGGCAUCUAGGGGCCCUGUGCAGAGGAGGGGGCACAAGUGAUCUGCCUUUAAGAUGGACCUGUACAUACCAAGAAAUUUGCGGUUAUUUAUUAAAAAAAAAAGAGAGAGCAGACAGAUAACACGCCGACCUUUGCUUGCUGAGCUGUUUGAACCCCUUCCUAUCCUCUUGCUCUGCCGACCCCCUUGGACUCGUGUAAAAGGUCCUCGGUAACGGCCCUUUCCUAGUCUUUAACUCUCGCUAUUGCCGGUGGCCAUCAACUUCGCAUUGUUUCGUUUGCUUACCUAACUCACAUUUUCUACAAGUUUGUGAGUGGUUUUUAUAUUUUACUUUUUUUCUGCAUUGCAAAAUUGCGAUUGCGAGCAUGUAGUGCCUCAAUUUACAAGCAGGAACCCUUUGUGCGUGGGCAUUAAAAGCACUCUGUUCUAAAAAUGUCACAUUUGCCUCUGUCACAUAUUCCAUGUUAAAGGAAUGUGCACAAUGUUUGCCCCACUUUGAAAUAAGCCAUUCCAUUGAUAUAAUUUGGCCCUUUUAACAAGAUUUGUUCAUUUCAAAACUUAAUCCAACUGUAUCCCUAGAAACUGACCUCAUAGAACAUUAUGUAUUUUACUUCAGCGAAUGUUCGUAGUGACUCUGGAAUUCAAGAUCUGUCACUUGCUGAUUACUUAAGACUUUUCACGUUCAUGCAAUGUUGGAAAUCAUUGUCUCAUUAAUCCCUGAUGAUGCGUUGCCUAACGCUUGGAGCAACAAGGAGACAUUGUCAAUGCUUCUUUCCGAUUUGGCCUGUGCCAGCUUGUUUUUGAGGAACAUUCUUUUUUAUUAUGCUGUUUUUGCAGGAACAACAGGUGUUUUUACAUUUUUUGGUCUGCUCCCAUUCACACAGUGUUUUUAAUUGUGUUUUGCCUAAUUUUGAAAGUGAUAAAAAAAUUAUAUUUUCCGCCCUUUAUUGCAUGCUGGAAAGUGCAACUAUGUCUCGAGUUGUGAGUGUGCGACAUAGUCUGAAGGGUGCCACAAAAGUGUUUUCCUUUUCCACGCUUUUAACAUAAAAAGCAAUCUCCCUUGUAAGCAGUAGCAUUUUUCAAAGGUCCAUUGGUGCCCCUUCCAAGCAGUGGUGUCCUCUUGCAGAGAAAGAAACCCUCCGACGUUUCUACUCGUGGGGUGACGUUUUGUGACGUUUUGCAAGUCUGUCUUGUCAACGUGCCCCGCCAUCAAAUGCAAUACACACCUGUACAUACCAACUCAGCUAGUGCCUUAAUUCUGGUGUGGACACCCAACCAUUAAUGUAAUUUUGUAAGAUAUGACUUGUGUUGUGUAACUUCGCAUUGUACAAUGAGACACCUUCUCGGAAUAAACCAUAUUGGUUUUCAAGUCAGCUCCGCAAAGCAAAUAA